UUUUUUCUCUUUUUCGGAGCUGGGGACCGAACCCAGGGCCUUGUGCUUGCUAGACAAGCGCUCUACCACUGAGCUAAAUCCCCAACCCCGUGACUUAAAUCUUUUAUUUAGAAUUCUUUUUUUUUUUUUUUUUUUUUUGGUUCUUUUUUUCGGAGCUGGGGACCGAACCCAGGGCCUUGCGCUUCCUAGGUAAGCGCUCUACCACUGAGCUAAAUCCCCAGCCCCUAGAAUUCUUUUAGGUCUUAUAUAUGGCCUAUGGUGAAUGUGUGUUUAAAGGUAUAGCUUCCCAUUGAGUACUGUGAUAGAUUCAGUUAGGUCAAAUGGUUUCAAGUACUGCACUGUCUCUCUUCCUCCCUCCCUCCCCUUCCCUCCUUUUCUCUUUCCCUGCUCUGACAAACGUGUGUGUGUGUGUGUGUGUGUGUGUGUGUGUGUGUGUGUGUGUGUGUGAGCGCGCCUAUGUUCUCAACAGAUCUUGAAUUCCCAGUCCUUCUCUGCCUCACAAAUGUCAAGGUUACAGUGACAACAAAUUUGACUUUAGGGGUUAGGGAUUUAGCUCAGUGGUAAAGCGCUGGCCUAGAAAGCGCAGGGCCCUAGGUUCGAUCCUCAGCUGGGGGCGAGGGAACAAUAUUGACUCUAAGUUGUUUUCAAUGAGUCUGUUUCUCAUUUAAAUUCUGUAAGGUUUUUAUCCUGUGGUUCUUUGGAUGUGAAUUGUUUUGUUUGAGACAGUUUUUAUGCAGGUAGCUGCUAAGUGCUGGCAGUAGAGUGACACCACCACUUGGCUUUUUCCUUCCUUUUAGACAGGUUUCACUCACUUAGGGACCAGGCUGCCUUGAAACUAUGUAACUUACCUCUGCAGUGGUAAGAUUCUAUGGACACAGAUAGUGUUGCUUUGCUUCUGAAGUCAGGGUACUGAUGAGAAGGCUGAGGUUACCUCAUUGUCCCUCGUGACCUUCGUUGUCCCUAGAUUCUGAACCUUGACAAGGAUUUGUCCCAUAGUGGCUUAUCAUUCUUGCCUGGCUCAAAAGAUUUUCAGCUACGGAUUUUGUUUUAUUGCUCUAACAAACUCUUAUUUCCUCUCUCAAAGGUUUAUUUUUUAACUUCAAGCUCUAACUAGCCCUUUGGUAUGCCAAUUGCCAUCUCAUGGUCGUGAACAUUGCGGCAGAACUUGGGAAUGUGCAGACCUGGCUUGAGUUGACUGGAAUAGCCAGUAGGAACUCCGCCUUCAUUUUAGGAAGAAAUGCAGACCUCAAAGUCAUCGCACCAUCUGCCAUGGUUCCAAAAACCUACAUUUGAGGGCACUGUUGCAAUAGACCAUCGAGGACUUAAAAGUAGGAAAGGUGGGGUGUGUGUUCGUGUUCGCGCGGGGCGGGGUGCUGGAGAGAUGGCUCAGCGGUUAAGGGCACUGACUGCUCUUCCAGAGGUCCUGAGUUCAAUUCCCAGCAACCGCAUGGUGGCUCACAACCACCUGUAAUGGGAUCAGAAGUCCUCUUCUGGUGUGUCUGAAGACAGCUACAGUGUACUCAUAUAAAUAAAAUAAAUCUUAAAAAAAAAAAAAAAGUAGGGAAGGGGCACGGGAUCAGGUAGCCUUCUGUAGGGAACUCUCCACACACUCAGAAAUACAAGUAAGCUCUUGGGGAGCAGCGGUUUCACCCACCAGGCAGUGGGCAGUUUUGUCGUUUUGUGUGUUUUCCUCGCGGGAACCACGCGCACGGAAAAGUGCGGUCGUUUUAAGCCCGUCGCCAAGUACGUAGGUAGGGGUCGGAGCGGAAUGGUCGGGGAAAGGGUCGUUCCCAGGCCGGAGCGACUAGAAAGGGCAGGCCGCGGCCUCAGAGCGCAGAGCCAACCCAGGACUCAGCCUCAGCAGGGCCGUCCCUUCUUCCGGUCAGGAGUUUUGCGUUUCACCUUCAGGCACGCUAGGGUGACGCCCGACCUAGCUCCCCGAGACCGAGCGCAGAAUUCCGGCAAGGGAGAUGGUCCGCAACUCAAAGCAGACGUUACUGCAACUAAGGACACGUCUUCAAACCGUAGCCAGCCCGCCCCCGUCAGGGAGUCUGCAGGAUGCCUGCAAGGGUGCCGGUGCGCGCGAUUCAGUGACAAAUGGAAGCAGCUUUCGAGGUUACAGCGGAAUGUGAUUCUCUUCGUCCUGGGCUUUCUGAUUCUCUGUGGAUUUCUGUAUUCUCUUCAGGUGUCUGACCAGUGGAAAGCUCUGAGUGGCAGCCGUGCAGAAGUAGAGAAGAUGAAGCUAGAAGUCCUGCCUGUCUUACCAGCUCCUCAGAAGGAAAGUGCUGAACCAGAAGGGUUUGCAGACAUACUCUCUCAGAAGCGGCAAAGGCAUUUGCGGCGGGGCCCUCCGCACCUGCAGAUCAGACCCCCCAACACCGUCUCCAAAGAUGGGAUGCAGGAUGAUGCUAAGGAGAGGGAAGCAGCCCUGGGGAAGGCUCAGCAGGAAGAAAACACCCAGAGAACCGUCAUCAGCUGGCGGGGAGCAGUAAUUGAGCCUGAACAGGCCACUGAACCUCCUUCCAAAAGAGCUGAAGCCUCCAUCAAGCCUCUGUUUUUGGCGUCCAGGAUAUGGAAAGAGCCAGCUCCCCCAAAUGAGCGCCAGAAGGGAGUGAUUGAGGCCUUUCUCCAUGCUUGGAAAGGUUACCAAAAGUUCGCUUGGGGCCAUGAUGAACUGAAGCCUGUGUCCAAAACCUUCAGUGAGUGGUUUGGCCUGGGCCUCACCCUGAUCGAUGCCUUGGAUACCAUGUGGAUUUUGGGUCUGAAGCAAGAAUUUAAGGAAGCCAGGAAGUGGGUGUCGGAGAACUUAGACUUUCAGAAGAAUGUCGAUGUCAACCUGUUUGAGAGUACUAUCCGAAUCUUAGGGGGCCUGCUGAGUGCCUACCACCUGUCUGGGGACAGCCUCUUCCUGAGCAAGGCCGAGGAUUUUGGAAACCGGUUAAUGCCUGCCUUCACCACACCCUCCAAGAUUCCAUACUCUGAUGUGAACAUUGGCACUGGGUUUGCCCACUCGCCCCAGUGGACUUCAGACAGCACGGUGGCAGAAGUGACGAGCAUUCAGUUGGAGUUCCGAGAGCUCUCCCGUCUUACCGGGAUUAAGAAAUUCCAGGAGGCCGUGGAGGAAGUGACAAAGCACAUCCACUCCCUGUCUGGGAAGAAAGACGGGCUGGUGCCUAUGUUCAUCAACACGAACAGCGGCCUCUUCACCCACCCGGGAGUGUUCACCUUGGGUGCCAGGGCUGACAGCUACUACGAAUACCUGCUGAAACAGUGGAUCCAGGGUGGCAAGAAGGAGACACAGUUGCUGGAAGACUAUGUUAGAGCCAUCGAGGGGAUCAAAGCUCAUCUGCUUCGACAGUCUCAGCCCAGAAAGCUCACCUUCGUGGGAGAGCUUGCCCAUGGCCGCUUCAGUGCCAAGAUGGACCACUUGGUGUGCUUCCUGCCAGGGACGCUGGCCUUGGGCGUCCACCAUGGCCUACCGGCUGACCACAUGGAUCUGGCUCGGGCACUCAUGGAGACCUGCUACCAGAUGAACCAACAGAUGGAGACAGGUCUGAGCCCUGAGAUUGCACAUUUCAACAUGUACCCUCGAGCAGAUCAUAAAGACGUGGAGGUCAAGCCGGCUGAUAGGCACAACCUGCUGCGGCCGGAGACCGUGGAAAGCCUGUUCUAUCUGUACCGCGUCACAAAAGACCGCAAGUACCAAGACUGGGGCUGGGAAAUCCUGCAGAGCUUCAAUAAGUACACACGGGUUCCCUCGGGUGGCUAUUCUUCUAUCAACAACGUCCAGAAUUCCCACAAGCCUGAGCCCAGGGACAAGAUGGAGAGCUUCUUUGUGGGAGAAACACUGAAGUACCUCUACCUGCUGUUUUCUGAUGACCUGGAGCUGCUCGGCCUGGACACCUGUGUGUUUAACACAGAAGCUCAUCCCCUGCCCAUCUGGUCUCCUGCCUAGGAGGAGAGCACCUGGCCUGGGCACUAAUGGAGACCAAGGUGGUCCUGUUGGUCUGUGACCUUCACAGGGCAGCUUCACAAGCUGGCAGGAUGCUCCUGCCCAGUUGUAGGUCUCUCCUGAUUCAGCUUUUCAUGAAGGUGGUGGGAGGGGCAGGAGUCAGAUCAGCAGGUAUGGGUUCUGGGAUUUAGGCUGGUGAGUCUACCAAACCUUUGACUUCCUCAAAACCUCAUAUCAUGGCUCACGAUUCCCAUGCCUGAAUGACCCUGUUGGCUGGCUGCCGGCAGCCCCAUGGUAGUACCAAGACUUCUUAUCACCUCCUGGGACCACCCAGGACCCCAGUGCCUGUAUUGAGUUCAGAGUGAUAGCCCAAGCCAGUGAGGUGCUGGGCUUGGCCCAUUGGCCUAUAAAAGCCCUGAUUCCGCUGGCCCAGUGUGACCUUGAGGGUCCUUGUGGCUCUAGUGUUUACGGGUUGGACUCAGGGAUCCACCUGGCUACCCUAGUGGGCUGGCAGGGGCUAGAACAGCAAAUUUGUCUUAUUCCCAGGAUAACCCUGGUACAAUGUGAUUUCUCAUCCGAGAAGAAAGUGGACUUGGUCCCACUGUAAUGAGUCUUGGGGAGAGGAGGAAAGGGGUGGUGUCUGUUUAGACUGACCUUAAGGGGACAGCAAGUUCUCUUGAUAACAUCUCAGUAACUACCCCUAAAAUCAGAGUUCCUGCCCACUUCAGGUAGGAAGACCAAGCUGGGAAAAGCAGGCUUUGGGACCAUUAUACAAACAGGCCAGGAUGCUCGGCUGUGCUAUCUCAGAGUGGUCUGUGAAGAGCGUCUGCUGCUGCUGGCCGACAGCUGCAUGGUAGUUUGCACCUUGACGUCCGAACCCAUGGAGUAGGCCUGGCCUAUCUUUGACGAGUCGUUACUAGAGCGUCCGUCCCUGGGCCUUGGCUAGGAUUCCUUAUCCAAGCAGCACAGCCUAGGACAGAGCAGACAACCUAAGGACCUUAAGGCUCUGGGCCUGUGUUCCCUGUGCUCCGAGAUCUGGAGAUUUGACGUGGGAACUCCUUGCCUGCAGCUCAAAGCGUCUCAGUGGCAGCCUGCGCCUCUGAGGUACAGUAGUUGCUCUGGGAGUUUCCUGUCAAACACUUGUACCCCAAGCCAGUCGUAACACCAGAAGUCUACAAAGAAGGACCUGGCUGGUAACAUGUCCUUAGUCUCGAAUUCAUGGGCAGAAGCUCUCCCCCUUCUCCCCCCAAAUCAGUUGUAGUCCCUCCCACUGAUGUUAGCUUCUCCCUACGCUGUCCUGUGCCAGGAGCCCCAUAGGCUUGUGAAUGGACAGGCUCUGGCUGUGGUGAAGGCUGAAGCAGUUGAGAAGUAUAUUCUCCAUCCCCAGCCUUCUCCCAGAUGUAUUCUGGAAGAUGUGGUUGGUAUCAAAGGGAUAGCAACUGCCCUGUGGCCCUCUGAAGAAUUUCUGUGGAUCAGAGUAACUGGGUAGAGGCCCACAAAGCUGGGAGCCACAUUAAAGCAGACAACAUUGGAAUGGUCCUGGGAGGGGAAGCCAGUGCCCAGGAGGGGCAGAUUUCCCCCCAUCCCUCCUCUGAAGCGGGAAACCUAAGCUGGAGUCUCUGCUCAAUUAAAUGUCUAACUGGUCUCA